AGGGCUGUUACAACAAGAUUUUCAGAGCAGCUGGCUGGGUAAGAGACAGAAGACGAGAACAUUAAAAGGAGUACAAAAGGAGGCAAGUUUGUUUUCAAGGUGGACACUUGACUGAAGGGAACCAACAGAACACUUUGAACUCCAAGUAGUGAGCAACAGAGUGAAGUAAUGAACCCAGAAAAGAACUGCACUGUGCAGGGACAGGACUGUAAUCGUACAGACAUAGAUAACAUUCAAAUAUUUGUUUACAUCCCAGUUUUCUUCAUUGGAGUCACCCUCAAUGCCUUGGCUUUGAAAGUAUUCUGCUGCAAACUGAGUAAAUGGACUGAAACCCGAGUAUAUAUGGUCAAUUUAGCCAUUGCAGACUGCUUGAUUCCCAUUACUUUGCCAUUCAAGAUGAUUCUGAAGAGUAAAAAUGUGGACAUGCUGUGUUUAGUCUUGGAAUCUGCUUACUUUAUUAACCGGUACAUGAGUAUAUUCCUUAUUACCAUCACAGCAGUUGAUCGAUACAUCACUAUAUGGUACCCCUUCAAAGCAAAGCAAGUUAGGUCCCCUCAGAAAUCAGCUCUUGUCUGUGGAAUUCUCUGGACCUUAAUGGUAAGUAUUGUAUGGUUACAUAAAUGGCUGGAGGAACGAGAUAAGUGUGGAUGUUGCUUUAAAAAGACUUCCAGAGUACCAUUCAUAUCUGUUUUUGCAUCUACUAUUUGGGGAUUUUUUAUACCUUUAACCAUAUUGAGCUUCUGUUCUAUCCAAAUCACAAGGAAACUCAUAAAGAAGAAAAAGUCAAACCCACAUGAAGAAAAGCUCAUCCAGAAAUCAAUCAACAUAAUCUCUGCAAACAUGGCUGUAUUUAUAAUAUGCUUUUUACCUGUUAACAUUGCAAACAUAAUUCGAUUCAUAGCUGAUUACAGUAAGGCCACCGACAUUACAGUAGAUAAUAUUGACAUCUUUGUGAAUGUUGCUGGAAUUAUUGCCAAUACUAACUGCUGCUUGGAUGCCAUUUGCUAUUACUUUGUGAACAAGGAGUUUCAAGAGGCUACCAUGGAACUAGCACCCAAAGAUUUCUCAUCUUAUAAUCAAAACUGUGAAAACCAAGACUCUGAAAUGAUGUAA